UGAAAAAAAGUCGCUAAAAGUCGCGAAAAGUCGCUAUUUUUGAGAAUUAAAUUUUGGUAGACACCCUGAAAAUUAUUGUUAAACAAAAUUCCACAAAUCUGACAAAACCGUAAAUAAUUCCUGCUGUUUGGUCAAACUAAAAAAUUCGAAUUUUCAGCAGCCAAAAAUUUCCAAAAAAUUGUACGUUUCUGCCAAAAUGACCCAAAACUGUCAUUUUUCUGCAACAAUUUCAAAACCCUCCUGCUGUUUCUUCCAAAAUUUCCAAAAAAAUCUUUUUUUCCAAAACUACAUAAUUUAUUAAAAAAUUGUUUUAUUUUGCCAAAAUUGACAAGAACCAUGAACAAUUCUUGCUUCUUUGUCGAAAUUUUCCUGAAAUAAGCUUUCUAUUUUUCUGUGAAAUACUUUUUUGAAUAGAGUUAUCAAGUUGUUGUAGCUACGAUGAAAAAAAAGGACAAUGAACAUGAUGAAAUUUUCAAAUUGUUAUGGAUUUGAUUAUUAUCUUUGUUUUAUGAUAAAAUCUAAUAUUCCUUUCUAGUUGAAGAGAUCGAUUGCUUCCUGGAGAUUUAUUAGUCUUGCUAACGAUAAAAAAUUCACGAUGUGAAAAUCCAAACGAUAAUUAUUUUUCGAACGAUAUUUUCCGAGGGUGAAAUUGAAUUAUGUGUUUUUUUGCGUGACGAAUGACUACCAAAUGUGUGAUGUUAAACACAUUGCUGUGAUUAUUUAACGCAAAAGUAAUAAAUUUUCGAUCACUAACGACUCCACCUAAUGUGCUAUAAUACCAUUCGUCGAUUAAUUACCCCCUUUGAACGAUCGGAGGACCAUAGUCACACAUACGCACCUCUGCAUAUAAUACGUAAUAUUCAACUACACCUACGUACGAGUACAACCAAUAUUGGAAGUCGAUGAAAUAAUAACCGAUAUAAGUAUUUGAACAGGUGCUCGAAUACAAAAUGGUUUCGACGUUGAUUCGAAAUCUACUAUCUAUAACUCAACGUUAACGUACCUAUUGUAAUUUGUCACAUAGAUAAAUAUGAAUACUAAAGUAUCAUUGAUUAUCGUUGUUGGUGUUCUGGCGCAUACAUUACUUUGGACGCCUUGCAACUCGUUCCCGUUAUGGAGUUGGUUCGACAGCAGCGAAAAAACUAGCUCAGAAGCUGAAGCUGAAACUGGCACCACAACAACAACCGUAAACGAAAGCCAAAUCAAAACUAAAUCUGAAACUCCUCCUCCUGUGGCAGCAACUCCAACACCUGUGCAGCAAGAUGUCUCAUCUUUAUCGGCAGUUGUCUCGGAUACCUCUAAAGAUACCUCUGCGUCUGGUCAAAAGACAUCAUCUGGUGAACGAUUUGACGUAAGACCUUUCGUGCAGAAUGCUGGAAUAGCUCGAGCACCCCUUGGGUUCUUGGCCGGAUUGGCGAAAAUUGGCGCAGAUGGGUUGAAAUCAGUCGUACAAACUGGUACUGAUCUCGGAUCUACCAGCAUGGAUCAGGUAUCCAUGCUGCAGGAUAGAGUGAUCGAUAGUACGCAGAAUGCCAUCACGAGAGGUACUCAGAAAUCAUUGGAUAAUAUCGUACCGAUGAUGAGCAGAUUGGAUACGUAUAGAAGAUCGUUUUCUGGAGGCACUAAAGCGAAUGCUGAUAAAGCUCAUAGUAUCACGAUUACUACUUCUUCGGAUGCUCCCAUCAACAGCAUGUAUAGCUUCGCUAAGGAUUUCAUGCCUGCCGGAGCCUCGGGAAGUUCGGCUUUGCCUCCUAUAACUAGCAUUGAUUUUUCCAAGUUUUUACGCUAAUAGUACUCGUAAUAAUAAAGAUAUUGAUCGAUUAUGGUAGGUUUUGGAUAUAUUGUUUGUGAUUGCGAUGUGACGUCAUGUGUUUUGUUUUGUUUAUGGUACAUUGUACGAGUACCUAUGCGAAUUUGGCGACAUGGCAGCUGCGGAGGGCAUAGUGCGUGUGAUGGUCAUGGAUCAAUAAGUCUGCUGGAAACGAGGUCAAUGUGAGAUGACGAUAUGUAUAAUAGGGCUAUAACUACCUACCUUUGUAUAAAUUGGUGUAUUAUGUUAUAUACGAGAGGGAGAACUGAGAAGAAAUCGAUAGUAUCGAAAGUCGUCUUUUGAAAAGUGUUUUUUUUUUCUUGAUAAUAUUUUGUAUUACGAAAGAAAUGAACCGCUGUGCCGGAGACGAAAGGUAGUCUCGUCUCGGUAGUGCUGGAUGCUGGAGAAGAGGUGUAUUGACGACGAAACCAUGUUAUUGGUGCGUAUCGCCAUCGUAUAACUUGGGUGCUGAGGUUUAACUAAUCUGUGCACGUGUGAUGUAUUGACGUUAUUGACGGUUUAGUUGACGGUUGACGAUUGAUUUGUGCUCCAGAACUGACGUAAAGGUACGUGGAGAUGCUGGCUUGGCUGGUCCUUUUGCUGGUUUGUGUUCUGAAAAUCCACACCUUACCAGCCUCCUACGAAGGAACAAACGAUAGCGGCGGCGGUGGCAAAUACAAAAACAAAGGUAGCGGUAACGGGAAAUUCGUCGAUUGGAUACCAGACAUGUACGAAGACUCGUGUCCUCCGUGUCCGGAUGCAUUUACUAGCCUUUUAGAUCAAACCAAAGAUCUAGGAGCAUCUGCCCUGGAUCAUAUCACUUUCGCUGCCAGUUCAGUCGGAUCGUCUGUUGGUGGUUUAGCUACGGAUAUGUUGAAAAGUGGCGUUAAACAAGCAGCUGAUUUAUUGGUGACCGGUCAUGAUCUCGUGGCGAGUAAUUUAAAAGGUGCCAAGAAACUGGGUGCGGAGGGUUUGGCGAUGGCGGAUAAGGCGUUUAAUUAUUUCACCGAGAAUUUGCCUUCGAUACCGAAAUUUUCGUCGAUCGAGUUAAGGAGUCAGGAGAGUUUCAGGCAGCAGAAUGACCAGAGAUGAAUUUAAUACUCGUAGUUCGUGUGGGUGUAUCAGUGCAUUAAAUUUUUAAAAAAAAAUCGCGAAGUGUACGUAGAGGUCUUAGGAGGAAUAUAUGCGCGUACAUUAUCAGUUCAUAUUUUGUUUUUGUAAUCUGUGUAGGUUUAAUAAAUGUGUUGUGUGUGUAAAAAUAAAAUUGUUUCCAACUCCAUAACGAUAACGAAGUUUUUAUUGCCGAUUUGUUUUUGCUAUUAAUUAAACCUUAUCUGUGAUUUUUAUUCCCCGAACUGAUAGCAACUCGUUAUAAUAUGCAGUUGAAUUUAUAAAGGUUCCUGAAUGUCAGUAAUUUACUCGUAGAUUGACUUGUUACAUUCGAAGUGAAACUUUGAAGUUUAUUUUCGUGUGAAAACAAAUUCAAAUAUGUAUCCUUUGUAUAAACGUGAGGAAUUGAAUCAAAUGUACUAUGUGGCCCUUAUGGCGUUUUGCGCUGGAUUGUACCUCAUUUUUGUGGAAGAGCUGAAAAAGAAUUUUAAACCUUCUCCGCAUGUGAAUCCAUCAACGAUCGCUUCGUAUGUACAAAAUCUUCAAAAAAUUGGAAUUCGAAUGUUAUCGCUGCCGCAGAAGCCAAUUUUGCUUUUCUUCGUGGGUUUGUCAAUGGUGUCCUUAUUAAAUUUCAUGGUUCUAAUUCAGAAGUACCAGAAUAUGGUCUACAAAAAUUCAAGAAAUGGAACAUCCGUUGCUCUUGAGCUUUUUAUGACAUCGUGAUGAAGUCUGAUUUCCCGGCGCAGAUUAACCACUGAGUAUCUAGUGCUUUUGUAAAUUUGUAUCUACCCCUAAAAAAAAGAACCAGUUUGAUUAUUGAAUUUGAACAUAUUUUUUUUGAAACCUACUUAAAUAAGUGUAAAUAAUUAUUUACCUAUUUAUGUAGAUUGUACAUAGGUACCUACUUUGUAUGUUUAUCUAAUCAUAUUUAUGAUGUAUUUCAUCAUUUUAAAAAAUAAUCGCAUAAUAAACCCGAAUUAUAAUAUUA